AUGGCGCAUGUUCUGCAACAGAUCUUAUUUCAGAGCCCUCCAUCUUUCUAUCUCAAAGUUACUGGAAUCUUGUCUCUUCUCGGGGGCUUUAAUGGUGCAUACUCGGAGGUCAGAGGAUCCAAUCUCACAUACUCCAAAUUUGCGCAGGCAAGAGAAGUAAAAGAAGCCAAGAAAAUAUCCAGCAGAAAUGGCAUGCUUAUUUGCUAUGCGCCGGCUUUGAUAGCUUCAUCACUGUUCUUGCUCUCCAAACUGGAAUACAUUGAAUCAACAGGCCUGCUGUCCUCCAUGGGGGUGAAGCAGGAAGCAAGCCCACGUCUCCUCACCAUCUCAUCUGCUCUGUUUAUACACUUCAUUAAGAGAGUAUUGGAGGUUCUGUUUCUGCACCGUUACUCUGGUGAUAUGCCCCUGCAAACUGCGCUGUUGAUUUCAUGUUCAUAUUUCUUUCACACUGUUAAUGUGUUGUACGCCCAGCAGCUCUCAGAGGGCAUGCGACCACCGGCUAGGGACUUGAUGUGGGUUGGAGUUGUGUUGUUUUGCAUAGGCAUUGGGGGGAAUUUUUAUCAUCAUUAUCUGUUAUCAAGGCUCAGAAAGGAUGGAAAAACAGGUUAUGUGGUGCCCAGUGGAGGAGCAAUUGGGUGUGGUCCAGUUGCGGGAGAGAUUUCUGAGACUGUGGACAUUGAUACCGCGGUUGUCGCAGGUCGACCUUGA